UUUUCAGGAUGGCCUUAGAAAUAGUAAAAAACAUUAACAAAAGCAUUAGGAGGAUUAUAUACUUGGUGAUGUUCUGUAGCAGUACCUGCAAAGCAACAAUUACUUUGUUUCUUUUAUCGUCACAUGGAAGGGGCCUUGAAGAAUUAAUUUUCCUGUUCUUGUAUAACACUUUUACACAGACUGUAACCACAGAUACUUUAUGGUGGUAGAUACGACAAGGCAGUAGAUGACAGACCUGAGAAACUGCUAAAAACAGUGGCCCACCACCCAUAUACCUAAAGUACCCCUGAGCCACAGAUCUCCCCCAUUUUCUUAAAAUCUCAUCUUAAAUCAGCCCCUCUUCCACUUCAACUAUGCCUUUUUAAUUUUGCAAGAUUAAAAUUUGAUCCUUGGUAUUGCAUAACAGAUUUAUUUCGUAUUUGAUGUAUAUCAUUUUAUAAUGGAAAAACAGCUGACCGUUCUUUAAAGAUACCCUGUAAUCAAACUGCUUGAUUACAAGCAGCCAAUGAUGGCAAUCUUGGAAAGCCACAUGAUUAGUUUACAUUGGCAAUUUGUAUAGCACAUGGAAUAUAUAUAAGUGACUAAGCUGAAGUUCAACCAGGAAAAGGGAACUCUCUCUUCUCUCUUCAAGACUGCUCUGCAAGUGAAAUUAAACUUCUGAACUCGUCUUGUGAAAUUAAAAAUGAAUCCUCCGCCUGUCGUCUUUGUACAGCCCCAAUUUUCUGCGGCUACUGCACGAAGUAAUGUCUGGCAGACCGGGUUGAUGGACUGCUGCAGUGACUGUGGAGUCUGCCUAUGUGGAGUAUUCUGUUUCUGUUGUCUUGGAUGUCAAGUAGCAAGUGACAUGAAUGAAUGCUGCUUAUGUGGCGGAAGCGUUGCCAUGAGGACUCUCUACCGGACAAGAUACGGAAUCCCUGGAUCCAUCUGUUCUGAUUUCUGUACUACCCUCUGGUGUGGUUUAUGUUCUCUUUGUCAACUAAAGAGAGAUAUUAACCGAAGGAAGGAAAUGGGGAUAUUCUAGUAAGAUGUUCCUGUACUCGUUAGUUGUGAGGCCUAGAAUCUCCAUAAGCAAGAGUCUUCUCCUCUCCUGCUGUACUUACUGUUCAAGAAAGUGCUGUAUGCAUUGUAAUUUGAUUGUUGCAAAGCACGACUUAUCUGAAAUAAAUCAAUAAAGUAAAGCAACAACCUCAAA